AUGAAAAUCGUGUUCGUUCUAUUACUCAGCCUAAGUGUAUUUGCUGUGAAACCUGAUUUAUUUAAAGCCGCUUUCUUACAAACUCGUGAUAAAACCGCCAAAUCCACAAAUUUCCUUCAAUCAGAUCCUUCAGAGUUUUAUGAAUAUGCUAAAUCAAAGGCUGAAGAGUAUGCUCAAGCAUACGCAGAAGAUGUCUACAGCUACGUACAAUCUCAAGCUGAAUAUUAUUUUGAACUAUAUUACCAAGACCUUGUUGCUUAUGUUGGAAUUUGCCCCACUUCUGAUUCUUUUAUUCAGGUAUCUCAAGAAGAGUCGACUACAGAAACUGAAUUUGUGGUUUCUGAAGAAGAUAAUGCUGUUAACGGAGAUGACACAUCAAGUGCUGCAAGUUCACUAUUGUCCUCAAGUUAA